AGGAGAAUCCCAGCUUCUCCUGCAACACCAUUUUCAUAAAGUUUUCUUCUUUCAUUCUUUGUUCUGUUCCUUAUUACCCAGCACUUCAGAAAGUAUUUUCCUUUGAUUCUGCGUGUGUUUGUGUUAAAUAAACAGAAAGCAUUAGCAACAUUCAUGGCUGGAAACAAAUUUGCAACCAUGUUGCACAAAAACACCCACAAAAUCACUAUGAUUCUAGUCUAUGCAGUCCUCGAAUGGAUCUUAAUCAUUCUCCUUCUCCUCAACUCUUUGUUCACUUAUUUGAUCACGAAGUUUGCCGACUACUUUGGCCUUAAACGACCCUGCUUAUGGUGUUCUAGAGUCGAUCACGUGUUGGAGCCUGGAAAUAAUACAAAUUCCUACAGAGAUCUUGUGUGCGAGACUCAUGCUGGUGAGAUUUCCACGUUGACUUAUUGUUCGAGUCAUCAAAGAUUGGCUGAAACACAAAAUAUGUGCGCAGAAUGCUUGGCUUCUCGACCACAACACAACGAUGAAUCCAUUGGAAUGGCAAGGAGGAUCGCGUACAUUUCUUUGGUGAGUACACACAAACUUCAAAAUGAUGAUGAUCAGGCUCUCAGAUGUUCUUGCUGCAGUGAGAGUUUGAAAAAUAAGCUCUAUCCGCCUUACUUGCUUUUCAAGUCUUCUUGGGGUGCUUUGGAUUAUACACAGAGAGGAGGGCUGAUUACUGAAGCAAUGGGUGAUGACAACAAUAGAGUUCAGUUCAAAGAGAAAAAGAAGCCUAACAGCCAAGCAAGUCUGGAUGAAAAUGACAAUGAGAUUGAGAGAAACCACGGAGAAGAAUGUCAUAAUGAUAAAGAAGCUGUGGAUGAGUUUCAUGUUAUUUCUGAUAUUGAUAGUUUUGGCCUCACAGAAGUUGCGGAGGAAAAUUACUCAAGGUCUGAAUCAAACCUGCAAUAUGAAGAAAAGGAAGCUUAUGAAGGUGAGGAAUUAGGUAAGGCUUCUGUUCAUUAUUCUCGUGAUGACGACAAUAUCAUUCAAUUCUGCUCUGCUGAAGAUGAUUUACUUGAAAUUAUCAACCUGGGUUCCGAAAGAAAUAUUGAAUUUUGUUUCAAUCGUGUAAUUCCUAUUGAAUUGAUUGAUUCAUCAACUACUGCAAAUCAAGUAUCCUGCAACGUAGAUGAGGGAGUGCUCAGAACAAAAGUUGACGAAAUUGAAACUUUUGAUUCUUCAUUACUACUGAGUGAAACACAAGCCAAUGUCUUGGUAGAUGCACAAUUAAUUGGAACGGAUGACAAUGGAAAGAAGACAAGGUAUGAAGAAUUUGAAAGAUCAGAGACAUAUAUCGGGGAAGUUGAGGAUUCUUCAGUUCAAAAUGUUGAAGAGGAAAUGCAAGAUUUGGUUGGUGAGGCAUGUGAACAAGUUAUUGCUAAUCAAGUAGAUCAGAUUUUAUCCACAAAUGGAAAUGAGGUUGAAGCAAAAAGUAUGAAUGAACCAGGUAGCCUUACAGUUACAGCUCGAACCGAAGAAGCAAAUGAGUCUAACUUAUCAGUGGCUGAAGUCGAAGCAGCCGAUCAUGCAGCCAACCAGCCUCAAGCUCAAGAACUCGCAUUGCCAUGCCAACAAGAAGACCAAUCUUCCAUGAACACCCCUGAUGCUGAAAUUAUUAACCCCUCUGAAGACAUCGGUCAGAAUGAUCUUGACCAAAAGCAUGCAGAGACAGACACCAUACUGGAAAAUAUGAGUUUGGUUUGUAAGAAUCAAGAAGGGAUAAACUUAAAUUUGUCCAUUCGUUCGGAGCCUAAUGAAGCAGAUGAAGAGAAAUUUCCUGACACACCCACUUAUGCUGAAAAUUUCCACUACUUGCACAAGAAACUACUAUUGUUGGAGAAAAGAGAAUCGGGAACAGAAGAGUCUUUAGAUGGAAGUGUGGUAAGUGAGAUGGAAAGUAGUGAUCCUGUCCUAACAAUCGAGCGGUUGAGGUCAGCUCUGAAAACCGAACGAAAAGCCCUGAGUGCCUUAUAUGCAGAACUAGAGGAAGAAAGGAGUGCCUCCGCAAUUGCUGCAAACCAAACCAUGGCUAUGAUAACCAGGCUUCAAGAGGAGAAGGCAGCAAUGCAAAUGGAAGCAUUGCAAUACCAGAGGAUGAUGGACGAACAGUCAGAAUAUGACCAGGAAGCCUUACAACUUCUGAAUGAGCUCAUGGUCAAGAGAGAAAAGGAGAAGCAAGAACUUGAGAAAGAAUUGGAAAUAUAUCACAAGAAGGUUCUGGAUUAUGAGGCGAAAGAGAAGAUGAGAAUGAUGAGGAGAAGUACUGAUGGAAGUGUAAGAAGCAGGAAAUCUUCUGCUUCUUGCAGUAAUUCAGAGGAUACCGAUGAGCUCUCGAUUGAUCUUAAUCGUGAAGCAAGGGAUGAAGAUAGUAGCUUAUCCGGCCGUCAAGAAAGCACUAGCGACAAUACUCCAGCCGAUGAAGUUGUAAAUUUGGAGGAAAUGGCGCUAGAUUGUGUGAAGCAUAUGACAGCGCUUGAUGAAUCAUUGACAGAAUUUGAGGAAGAGAGGCUGUCCAUUCUAGAUCAGCUUAAGGUACUAGAAGAGAAGCUAAUUUCAGUAGGUGAUGAUGAAUUCAUUGAGGAUUUGAAAUCAAUAAACCAACCCUCAAACUAUGCUGUCAAUGAGUUUGAUAAGAACCAUGAUUUUAGCAGUCCAACAGAAAAUGGAGACUCAAAUGAUUUUUCUAAGGACGGGCUUUACCCUGAGAAAAAAACUAUGGCUUCCAUGGCGAAGAGCCUCCUUCCUCUUCUGGAAGCAACCGGUAAUGAAACAGAAGGGUUGAUAUAUGAAGAACAAGCAGAAUUUGAUUCUGUUGAAAUUCAGAACUCAUCAGUUUCCACAUUUGAUCUUGAUAACAAAAGACUAGCCAUUGUUGAAGAGGUGGAUCACGUUUACGAGAGACUACAAGCUCUCGAAGCAGAUAGGGAGUUUCUAAAGCAUUGUGUGAGCUCUGUAAAGAAAGGAGACAAAGGUAUGGAUCUUCUCCAUGAGAUCUUGCAACAUCUCCGAGAUCUGAGGGCUGUUGAACUCCAAGUAAGUAACAUGGAUGAUGAUGCUCAGAUACUCUAGAAGGAAGUUGCAGCAAAGAAGCGGAAGUGAUUACAAGAGACUGCUUUCUUCAUGAUGACAUUGCAGACGUAAACAGUGCAAGUACUUCGCAAUGAGCAAGCUCGUUAAAAAUGCUCAUAGAUUUAAGAGUUUUCUGCAGAAAACCAGGAAACCUCUUGAUGGAGGGGGUGUUCCUGGUCUGGUUUGUUUAAAUUAGUACAGACUACAAAAAUGGAAGGUUUGCCCUUGCCUCUAAGUUGUCUUUUGGGCUUCUACACAAUCAUGUGAAGCCUAAGUUUUGUCAUAUAUAUGUCCCCCUCACUGCUCCUUUUUCCUGGAAAAGGUGAAAGAUGAUUAGGAGUGUGUCUACAUUAUUUGAACUGGGACUGAAAGCUUAUUUCUCAUUUGAAUUGAGCAUAGAGGGGGAAGGGUUAAAGGGGAAGAAGAAGAAGAAGGGAUCAUUCUUUCUUCCCCUAGUCUUGGACUUGUUAAAUACCAUGAGUUUCCAGUAUCUGGAAGCAGUUAAUCUUAAACAUCUUACUGUGUCAGCCAGUUGCAGGGCAGCUAGCUUUUCACAGAAAUAGAAGAUAUAAGAACCAAAUCACGUUUCUUUUUA